AAGACAAUGGGAAGAAAAGAUAAAGAUGGAACGUUCCAGCCGCUUAAAAUCGCCAGAAAGCUAUUCGCCUAGUAGCAACAGCAUACCUGAAGAAGACAAUUCUACGCAGGCACAUCAGUUUCAAAAGUUGCAAGAGAUGAAUAACAGUGCGGUUAUCAGUACGAGAUCAAGCUUCGAUAGCGGCUACACUGGUGGGAAUACCCAUCCAAUAGGGACCUCCACGAUUAUAGUUGAGCGUCUUCAAGCCAAUAUUCGACAGUUGGAAAAUCAAAUCAGCUUUUAUCAAACCCAACUUCAAAGCUCUUUACAAUCCCGUGAUGAACUUUCUGAAGAGAUGCUUGGUAUGACUCUAGAGAUGGACAAACUUCGGAAAGAAUGUAAAAGAAUGCAGGAUACUGAAACUCAACUUCAGAAACUACAUGAGAGAUACCAAGCGUCAUUGGAAAUGCUUGGUGAACGUACGGAGCAGGUGCAAGAGCUCAAGGCUGACAUUGCAGAUGUAAAGGAAAUGUAUCGCAGCCAAAUAAUUGAGAUGGUCCAAAAAAUUGACCAACUUAGCAAGAAAUAAUCAUCAUACUUGGUGAACAAGUUCCAAAAGGAAGAAUCUCCUCCUUGAAUUGUUUUUUUAAAAAAAAAAAGAAAAUAAAUAAAUAAUUAUACAUAUAUCUUUUAUUU